CCCCCCCUUUGUUUCCCACUGCUCAUUCAAAUGCACAUACUACGACAUGUAGACACAAUUAUUAAGCCACCACAGCAAACAAGAGCAGACACACAAUUCCGAGCAUGUGUAUUUCUCUCAGCUUGCAAAUAAUAAUAAAAACAGCAUCCAAGCGUCGGAUAUAGACUACUAACAGACCUGUGUCUUCAAACAUCGGUUGAUAAAAAUCAACGACGGCAGCUCCAAAACGCCCUCCGUAAUUACGACUUGGAAAAGGGAAUUCUCGUCAGAUCAGCUGAUCGAUGUUGACCUAUUUACUGGAGCCAAUCAAAAUCCUCAAAAUAUGGCCUACUUUUUUGAUCCCCCUCGGUAGAUUCCGUCGGGCAACGGAAAGUUCUAACCUAAGAACAAGCAUAUACAUCCGAGGCAUCAAAUAGUUUUGCAGUUUUCAAUCAUUUCAAUACAAUGAAUUCUUUGGAAUCUCAAAUAAAUAUAUUCAAUAAAAUAAAAACUAGUAAUUGAAAUUAAAUAUACCUUUACAUCUUUUUGCAAAGUGAAAAUCGAGUGAUAUUCUGACGCGGAUUAAUAUUUUAGCUGGCCUAGAUUUGUGUAGUUAUUUUGAGGCCAACGUGACGACUCGCCGGUACUAGCACUACUAGAUCUAGCGUGUGUUCACGUCUCAGGGCUGCAUCUCUGCUCCAACGCUUCUUCAUGUCUACUUAAACUUGUGCUUCUACACACGUCAAUAUGGUUUGGAUAACAAGAUUAGCAAGCAUAUCCUCAAGGAUCUUGAGAAAUUCUCCUCCCCUGAAAAGGUUGAAUCUCAGACAAGCAGCUCCCCUUUGCUCUGCCUUGACGGGCCAACAGAACCGGGAGUACAGAGUUAUCUACGGAGACACCAGUAAACUACCGAACAAAGUUCGCCAUUAUGUUGAAGAGAACGUCCGACUUUGCAAACCAGAUACCGUCCACAUUUGCGAUGGCUCCGACAGAGAGAUUGAGCUGCUGAACUACAUACUCCAAAAAGAUGGGAUCUUGAAGGCUCUGCCAAAAUAUGAAAAUUGUUGGCUGGCAAGGACUGACCCUGCUGAUGUGGCUCGGGUCGAACGGCUGACCUUCAUCUCCACAGAACUUCAGCGUGACACGGUCACUACGCCCAAAUAUGGGGCCAAGUCACAGCUGGGGAACUGGAUGGACCCGGAAGACAUUGAUAACGAACUGAACAUGCGUUUUCCUGACUGCAUGAAGGGACGCACCAUGUUUGUGAUCCCGUUCAGCAUGGGCCCCGUGGGUUCCCCGUUCUCCAAGAUCGGCAUCCAGCUGACGGACUCGGCCUAUGUGGUGGCCAGCAUGCGCAUCAUGACCCGCAUGGGCAGCCGUGUGUUGGAGACGCUUGGCGAAGGGAACUUCAUCAAGUGUCUGCACUCAGUUGGCCGACCUCUGCCACUCACAUCACCCCUGCACAACAACUGGCCGUGCUCCCCGAAGAACACGCUGAUCGCUCACCUGCCCGAGAGGAAUGAAAUCUGCUCCUUCGGCAGCGGCUACGGGGGAAACUCGCUGCUGGGGAAGAAAUGUUUCGCUCUCCGCAUCGGAUCUAUUCUUGGUCAGCGUGAGGGCUGGCUGGCAGAACACAUGUUGAUUUUGGGCAUUGAGAACAAAACGACGGGAGAGAAGCGAUACAUUGCUGCGGCGUUCCCCAGCGCGUGCGGCAAGACCAACCUGGCCAUGAUGACGCCGUCCCUGGACAACUACAAGAUCACGUGUGUGGGCGACGACAUCGCUUGGAUGAGGUUUGAUGAUGCGGGACGUUUGAGAGCCAUCAACCCGGAGGCUGGAUUCUUCGGAGUGGCGCCUGGUACCUCAUCAAAGACGAACCCUAUUGCCAUGGACACCAUCAAGUCUAACACUGUCUUCACCAACGUGGCAGAGACCAGCGAUGGAGGUGUCUUCUGGGAAGGUCUGGAGAAAGAGAUGGACAACGGUGUGAAGAUCAAGUCGUGGCUGGGAGAUGAGGACUGGAAGAAAGACGAGACCGACAGACCGGCCGCACAUCCCAACUCUAGGUUUUGCACACCAGCCUCUCAGUGCCCGAUCAUGGACCCUGCCUGGGAAGACCCAGAAGGUGUCCCGAUCGACGCCAUCAUCUUCGGAGGACGUCGGCCGACCGGCGUGCCGCUAGUGUAUGAGGCCUUCAACUGGGAGCACGGCGUGUUUGUGGGGGCGGCCAUGCGCUCUGAGUCGACUGCUGCCGCUGAGCACAAAGCCAAACAAAUUAUGCACGACCCGUUCGCCAUGAGACCAUUCUUUGGCUACAACUUCGGCGAUUACCUCAAGCACUGGCUCAGCUUCGGCCAGAAGGAGAACGUGGUUCUGCCCAAAAUCUUCCACGUCAACUGGUUCAGGAAAGGCCCGCAGAACAACUUCCUGUGGCCAGGAUUUGGCGAGAACGCCCGUGUGUUGGACUGGGUGGUGCGCAGGUGUAACAACGAGGACAUUGCCAAGCGGACACCCAUCGGCAUGGUGCCCAAGUUCGACUCGCUGAAUCUGGAGGGUCUGGACGAGCCGGUGGACCUGGAGGCCUUGUUCAGCCUGCCCCGGGACUUCUGGGAGAACGAGGUGAACGCCAUCUACAAGUACUUCGACGAGCAGGUCAAUGAGGACCUGCCCAAGGAGAUCAUGAAUCAGCUCAAGGAGCUGGAGAGCCGGGUGCAGGGCGAGCUGUAAUUACCGUGACCUCUUAGGUGGGGGUCACUGUGAGGUUGUGGUCAUCGCUUGUGAGUCCCAAAAGGGGUCAAGACCAUUUGUGGGUUCAAGACUAAGAGGUGUCAUGUCCUCUUGGGGUGUCUUAGGUGGUCGUGACCUCCAGUUUCACGAAGAGGGAUCAAAUCAAACGCAGUGCGCUUGUCAGGCCUCUCUUUGGUGGUUUGAGAUUUAAUCUGUUGUCGUAACGGAAAUGUGGGACAAUCGGAGGAGGGAGGGUUACUUUAUGUUGUAACGGCAUGGGCUGUUGGAUUAAUCAUUGACAUGCAGACAGGCAUCUGUCAUUUGACAUACUAUUUUACCCAUUUCAUUGACAUUACACUUUUUUUUUUUUUUUUUGCAUGUAAUAUAUAUAUAUUUUUUUAAUUUGACUGUUCAUUUUGUUGUAAAUUAGUGGGAUUAAGAUCUCUCAUCCUCUCUCCCCACUCCCCCCCCCCCCCCCCCCCCCAAUGGAUUUUGGCUAUGACCACAAAACCUAUUCUGUCAUACAGAAUAUAAGAUUAUAUAAAUUCAAUGAUUGUGUUGAAUAUUGUGAAACCAUAAAUGAUUUUUACCUGCCAACACAAAGUUUUUGUAAAAAAUGUAAAUUUUUGUUGUUGUUUGUUUGUUUUAAUGAAUGACAUAACAAUUUCUAAAUUAAAAAACAUUGCAAUUAAUACUGAUGAUGAAGCAAUCAAAGCUCUCGUGUUUCCGUUGUGUUUAGGAUUAAGUAGUCACUUACCUGUCGUAUGUGUGCAUUGUGCAUAUAUGUGGGUGUGUUAAAGAGACAGAUGGUUCAUUGUUAUGGUUUAAAAGGUAGAUUGUACAUCAUUGUGAUGAGUAUGUGUGUGAGUUGUCUGAAGGUGCAACAUAAUCCUCAUUGCAUAUGUGCGUGUGUGUUGGAAGGGAAGCCGUAUAUUGUGUCUGUCUGGCUGGGUUGAAAAGAAAACAGUACAUCACUGUGUAUGUUUGAAUAUGCUAAAAGGUUGAGUGUGUGCGAUAAGACAGACAGUAAUAAUUCAUGGUGUCAUAUUCCUGUACUUACAUUACGUUGUGUCUAUGUGCUCAGACCUCCAAUUCCUGGGGCGUAGGGCGGCCGUUUUAUGUAAAAUGUGAGACGACCUGACAAAAUGAGCAACUUCUCACAAUCUACGAAUACAGAUGUCGGCUUGAAAAUCGUCACAUCAAAUUUGUAAAUUUUCAACUGGUGCCAUUUACUUCAAGUUUAAUUAAUAUGUCUUUUAUCAUUUCAUACUUAUAAAUUGUACAAACAAACCUACCUAUGGAUUUGACAUAUCUGUCUGGCUCAUAGGGAUAAAAUCCGAGCAGUAACUCAUUUUGUCAGGACCCCUCUCAAAUGUGUUCUAUGAAGUUGUGGAAGUUGAUAAAAAGUAUACACACUUGAUGCGUUUAUAUAUCUAUAUAUAAAUCUACCUGCAGAAUGAUCUGUGAUACGAUAUACUUAUAUACCAACUACUAUACUGCACUUGGAGUUUUUUACCUCGUGUUCAAAAUGAAAAGCAGCUAAUUGUUGUGUCUAUUGUGUUGUCAGAUGCUCUAGUUACCAAAGCCUUAUAGGGAGAUGUUAACACAUGUUUCAGUUUGAUACAUACAUAUAUACCUCUGUACCUCUGAGCUUUGGGGUUUACUUUUUAUAGACCAAAGAAAUCUCCAUCCCCCCACUCUCCCACCUUUUAAAAAAAAGCUUUUUAAAUACAGAAGCAUCAGCAUAAAGCCUUUUAGGAGUUUGAUUUGAUCAAGUUUCUCUCGAUGUUUGCGUAGUUACCAUUGUCUUAGCUGCUUCUUUUAGUUUGUCCUACUUAAGCGUUAGCCUAUCAGUGUAACUGGUAAAGCUUUAUACUUUUUUUUGGAUGUGGUAGUUUUAAGUUGUGUGUGUGCAUUGAAAAAGUUUGCGUUUUUGUGGGUGUGUUUGUGCAGAGAGACCUAUGGUAGAAGUUUGCAUUGUUGUGGGUGUGUUUGUGCGGAGAGAUAGAGGGUAGAAGUUUGCAUUGUGUGGAAGAUUAUGUGGGGUGAGUUUUCACCAUUUGUACUUACAAAGUGAGCAUUCCAUUUUGAUUGUGUCGAAUUCUUUCCCUCGGUUGUUUACUUUAUGUGUUGUGUCAAGCUCAGGUUGAUGUGUUCCAAAAUACGAUGCACUUUUUUAUGAACAGCAUGACACACUCUUGGUGUGUUUUGUGUUUGUUUUAUGUACUAGGUGUGUUCCUUCUGUGUGUUUUUAAAGCAUUGCUUUUCCAAAAAUUAGUUUUAUCUUCAGCUUGAAUGUUAUACAACAUGUGUAAAUGUGAGGAUACAGUUGGGGUGUGGCUCCGUUUGUGGCUGUGUAUUCGUAUGCCUGACUGUACUGUGUGUGUGCGUAAAAGUCCAACAUCUUGUUUAUCGGUAAGUCUUGUAUCUUUGUCUCGGCUAGCGGCCUAUAUGACUGCUCCAGGAAGUGAGUUUUUAUCUCUCUACCGCCUGGAUGCACGAUGUUUGUGUGUCGUUUUGCCUGUAUCUGCUUCUCAGUAUCGUAUGUCAUUGAUUGCGUAUGUUUCUCCCAGAUGCCAUCUUUGAUCUGAAAAGAAAAACCAACACAAGCACAGUGCUACAUUGUUCACCUCAUUUCAGUCACAAUUAUAUUUUGUGUAGCAGUGCGACUAAAUGAGUCACUCGACGCAUUUUGACAAUAUAGCACUCUGGGCAUAAAAAAUCUGUUCUAACCUUACACAAGUGGGUGAUAGCAGCUUAAGUCUCGCUGCUUUUGUUCCAAAGUUCAAAUCGCUGGAAGUUAGGGACUGAAAAACAUGGACCUUGGUAAAGACGAAGUUAAGCCCAAUAUCUGGAAAUGGCUGAGUGCAGCAAAUGAUUCAUUUUGUCACAUUGCUACGCAUUUUUGUUUUCUUUUGUUCUCCUCGUUCUUGCCAUCAAUGACCACAACUCAUAUAUAUAUCAUCGGGUAUGUUAUACCAAUGUCUCGUAUUUCUGUACUAAUUUCUCAGCCCAUUUCUCAAUGUUUCAAUGCCUGAUUUACGCAGUGUGUCCGCGUUCCUGUCAGUUUUGUAUAUCGUCACCAUCGCUAGAAAAAUUAUUCCACUGCCUAUGGUUUAGUGGUUAAAUGCUUGGCUGUCGCAUGCAGGAAUCCCAAGUGGAGAGAAAUUUUUAUCUAGUAUUUCAGUUUUCUGAUGGGAUUUGUAUCCCUCUCAGCCCCAGGUUGGCCCUGUCAGGCAGAGUCAGAAGCCCGUCUCCUACAUGGAUCUAAAUUGUGUCAAUGGGGGCGAUAAAACGCUUACUAUUUAAAAAAUAUUUGAGUUUGAAUCCUCACUUUUCUGGUGAUGGUGAUGAUAUUUGUCUUUGUCGUUUGUGUGUUACGAUGGCACAAGUUAUGCAAGGUGGGAGGAGAUGGAUCAAAGUGUUCAAUUUCUGGGUUCACGUUUUUAAUUUCCGCUUCAGGUAUAUUUGCUCAUUUAUUGGCGUUUUCAUGGCCAUUUUCCACAAUUGUCAUUUUUUCAUCCUUCACACACCACUGGGUCAUUCAUACUGGUAUUGGCUAAUAAUGCUAGAAAAAAACACAAUGAUUAUCAUAAAAUUAAAAAUAAAAGAUACUGAUAUGAUGUA